AGAAACGAAACCCCCUCCGAUCCCGUGAUAAUCGACAGGUUUUUCCUGAAGUUUUUCUUAAAGUGCAAUCAGAACUGUUUGAAAAAUGCCGGAAAUCCAAGAGAUAUGAGGCGAUUUCAGGUGGUUAUUUCUACUCAAGUCAGCGUGGACGGCCCUCUAUUAGCUGUUUCCGACAACAUGUUCGUGCACAACAAUUCAAAGCACGGCAGGAGAGCGAAAAGGCUAGACCCAACAGAAGUUCAUUUUGCAGCGACGCCGUGCAUCAAAGCCAUUAGUCCGAGCGAAGGUUGGACAACAGGGGGAUCGACGGUCAUCAUCAUCGGGGACAAUUUCUUUGAUGGCCUUCAAGUCGUCUUCGGCACGAUGCUCGUAUGGAGUGAGUUAAUCACGUCUCAUGCGAUUCGUGUCCAGACGCCACCUCGACACAUUCCAGGAGUGGUGGAGGUCACGCUCUCCUACAAAUCCAAACAGUUUUGUAAAGGAGCACCAGGGAGAUUCGUCUACGUGUCUUUAAAUGAACCAACGAUCGAUUAUGGCUUCCAAAGGCUCGCCAAACUAAUACCCAAACACCCUGGGGAUCCAGAAAAACUACCAAAGGAAAUCAUCCUGAAGCGGGCGGCUGAUUUGGCGGAAGCGUUGUACACGAUGCCCCGCAAUAACCAGCUGGCUCUGCCAGCGCCCCGCUCUCCGGCACUCAACAACGCGGCCGCAAUGUCUGGCUUCAAUGCCUACACAGGUCAGCUGGCUGUCAACGUGCAGGAGAACGACUAUGGGCGGACGCAGAGCAACAGUGUGUCUCCCCGAGGCUAUGGGUCGAAUGCGUCGACGCCCCACAGCGCCAAUGGCAGUUCCUAUGGCACGGCGGCCAUGAACGGUGGUUACGGAAGCCCGGCAAACCUAGGGAACAUGGCGGUGCCGGGCUCACCGGGUCUCUUCAACGGUAUGGGCAGUAUAGUCUCAUCUCCGUUCGCCGCAAUGAACCCGUUUGCGUUGCCGACGUGCAACGGCCAGUCAUACGGCAGUUCAAUAGUGACUUCGAAGUGACGGUGGAGCUGCGCCUCGACGGACUGGCGAC